AUGAAUUGGAAUGCAAAACCAGAGAGUGUCACCUUACCACCACAGUAUCCUAAAAAACAGGCAUCUUUUUUGGAGCAAGGUUUAGUAAAUACACUUACCACAACAUCUCAAAGUUCUUUCCAUCCUGGAAGCAACCAAGAACCAUGCCUGUUUCUCAGUAAUUCACAUCCAGUUUCACAGCCGCUGCUCAACAUCAGGAAUCUUAAGACUCCUCCACAAAUCCCUAUUUCUGAUUUGCAUAGUGGGACCAUUGUGACCUCACAAACUUCAGUAGAAAGAAUAACGUAUGCAAAUGUUAAAGGACCCAAACAACUAAGUCACGAUUUGCAGAUUUCUUCAGGAGUUACACAAGAUGUAUGGUUGAACUCACCAGUGGGGAGUUCUACGCUUUCUCAUACGGGGGGAACUGUAUCUCAUCAAACUGGUUUUGGAACGAAUAUACCCAAUGUGCAUGCACUACAGAAUCAGUUUCUAACAUCAGAUAGCUAUUCUAUGCAACUGCAUAUGAUCCCUUCUAAUUCUGGAAGAGUUCCUAUAGCUUAUCAAGGAAACCCAAGACUUAACCUAACUUUGUCAGAGCAACAGGUUGAUUGGGCACCUCAGCGUGCAUCCAGUGGACUGACUUACCAAGAUUACAGACCACUUCCAAAGCAAUACAAUUACUCAUCACGAAGCUUUUUGCAGGACCUUACUGUUCAGAAACAAAAUCCUAUGUCAUCUGUAUCAUUCCAAGUUAAAAAUAAUCAAUCUCCAAAUUCUGCACUGACAUUUAAGUCAAAGCAGAUUGCAGCUGUACCAUCAUAUCAAUAUGCAGUUACUCAAACUGACAAAAGACCUCCUCCUCCUCAUGACUGUAGAUAUGCAAGCCAGUCUUUGCAAAGUACUCCACGUGUUGUUAAACAGUCCUCUAUGGAAGUUCCUCAGAGUCAAGAAAUGCACUUACCUGAAAUGAGGAAAGACUUUUGCAGAGACUUUCAACAGCAGUGGCAAAACCUUAAUGGAAAUUUCAGUAUGAUGGGAAGUUCCUGUAAUUUGAAAGUAAAUACCAGUGUCAAUCAUCCUUUUAAUGAACCUGUUAGAUCAUCUGUGACUGGUGCUCAGGCUCUUGCUCAAAAUAAUCAGGAGAGAAGAGUGGAUUCUCAAAAUCUAACUUCAAGUCAAGUACUGGACACAAGUGCCACAAAAGAAAAGUUAGUGAGGGAUAUUAAAACAUUAGUAGAAAUAAAAAAGAAGUUUUCAGAUCUUGCAAGGAAAAUUAAAAUUAAUAAAAAUCUCUUGAUGGCAGCAGGUUGUAUUAAAACACCUAAUACCUCUUAUAGUGAAUCAGCUCAAAAUUCUGGAUUGUCUUUGAAACAAACUGCCAAAAUCCAGUCUGGACCACAACUAACCCUAGUCACACCAGAGACUGUGGAGGAUAAACCACCAACAGUAAUGGAAUCUGCAGAAGAAACUAAUAGAAAACAUAGCAUGUUGAGUUCCAGCCUUCAGGACAGAAAUUUUAACCAAGUCAGUUCUGUUUUACUAAAUUCUGCCUGUUCAGAAAAGUUGCCAAUACCAGAACAAGUCCAUGAUUUGGAAGUUGUGAAUCCUUUAAAAACAUCAACUGUUGAGGUAACUCAGGCACCAUUAAAUAACACCCAGCUUUCAUCAGGAAAUUUUGCCAGCAUCACACAGAAUGUGCCAACAAAUUCUGAAAUAAAUUUUCUUCCUCAUUCUACAUCAUCUGAGGAAUAUAUUUCAAAAUACCCAAAUAAAAAUAGGCUAAUUCUCAGUUUACUUACUUCUGGAGAUAAAACUCAGAAGAAAUUAUUAAAAGAUACUAGUGAACGUAUUCAUGAUUCUAAACUGCAUAAUUUUGAAAUGAAUCCAAAUACUGAAAACACUGGUAACCAACUGAAAACCAUGGAAAUUGUAAAUCCUCCAGGGACUUGUAAUACAAAUGCCAAAAUUGCAGACACUUCUUGUUUUGAGUGUAAAUCCUUUAAUGGGGUGUCUUCUAACAGUGACUCUCACUUUUCCAUGGAGUUGUUAGCAACAUGUCUGUCUUUGUGGAAAAAGCAACCUUCAGAACCUAACAAAGAGAAACAGGGUAAUGAGUCAAAAACAAACACCACAGCCAUUGCAAUUUCAAAGCCCGCACCCAUAUGUGAGAGUAGUACAUUUUCACCUGUGGGAAAUUCUCAGAAUAAGAUAAUAAACAGCUCACAAGAAACUAUUUCAUCAGUGGUAGCACAAAAUUAUGAGUCUUCAGGAACAACUACUACAAAAGGGAUUGCUGUAGUAUCACCCUUAAUUCUUUCAGAUGUCAAUACACUGUCUGUCAAAGAUACAGCAUCUGAAGCUUUACCUGAAACAGCAUAUCCAGUUAUUAAAGAAGGCAGUGUUUGUAGCUUACAAAAUAAAUUGACGGAAAAUACUGCUGCUUUGAAGACUAAUGUUAAUGAACCAGUAACAAGUACUACAGGCAUCACGAUUUUCCCACUAAUUGAGGACAAGCAAAGUGAGUCAACUAAUACUAGUUCAGAAGGCAUACCUAAUACCAAUCAAGGAAAGCACAAUGAAUCAGAACCAGAUAUCCAGUGUCCUGUGAGUGAUCAGCAAGCCUCAUAUAUAUCAAAGGACAGUAGUAGUGUGGGCAGUGAUGUAUUACAGAUUGGCAGUAUUUGUUCUCUUGUUGAAGGUGAUACCUCUUAUGAUUCCCAAAUAGCAGAAAUAUUCAACUCGCUCCCUUUGCAAAAAGUUGAGCCACAGAAACCUCUACCCAAUCACCAAAUGAUGAAUGGUGGACAGCAAAAUGAACAUUUAGACAGCAUCACUGAAAAUAAAGACUUUGACUUUAAAAAAGAUGUAUUUGUGCAGUGCACAGAUGUUUCAAAUAAAAUCACAGAUCAGUCAGAAUCCCUGCAACCUCCAGCACUGUCACGUUUGAAGUGUGUUGAAGUAAAGAGUGGAAUUCUAGAGGAAAGCAGUUUGGAGCAUAUCACUGAAAAUGAAAGCAUGGCAAAUGAUACAUGUUCAUCAGCUGCUAUUCAGCAGGAUAGUUACCCUCAGGAAGCUGGUUUGUCCUGCAAUUACACUGAACAGGAUCCUACAACAGAUGAAAGUCUCCAUGAUAAGACAUCAAUCUUAUACCUACAUGAUCAGCUGUCAGAACUUUUAAAAGAGUUUCCCUACGGUAUCGAACCUGUGAACAUGCAUGAAAGUUCUGUGGUACAGCAGAUGGCAGACCAAAUCUCAGAAGCUCAAACUUGUGGUAAAACUGAUUCUAACUCCAGAGGUUCAACAGACCAGAUACAAAUUACAAUAUUAAACACAGAUCAGAUGAAAGAAUUGUUCCCUGAACAGGACGAUCAAUCCAAUGAGGUAGACAAACUGACAGAACCUCAGAAAGAAAAGCCUGUAACAAAGGAAGAGAACCAGUGUGACCCACAGGCACACAGAACUGAAGAACAUUGUGAUUCUGUACCAUUGGAUUCGGAAAAAGAUGAUGUCCGUUGCUGUGCGUUGGGGUGGCUCUCUAUGGUCUAUGAAGGAGUACCUCAAUGCCAGUGUAAUUCCAUUAAGAAGUCAACUUCAAAAGAAACAGAACAGACAAAUCCAUGUUCUCCUUCAGAGGCCAAGAGUUAUAAACAAGGAGAGAGAACCUCUGACAGAGAUGUUCCUGUUGCAUUUAACAGUCCUCUAAAUAAUCCUCCAAAGAUUCCUUUGACUUCUCCAGUUGAGAAAAAACAUUUUCCUGAAACAAAGCAAAGCAGCAAUAUAAAAGAUAAAUCCAAAACAGAAUGCAACAGUUCACUAAGGACAGAGCAAGAAUUAUCCGGUCAACCUUUAUCUAAAGGUGAUAAAAAAAUGGAUUCUUUGCAGAGUCACAAAAGAAAGAGAAAGCUGCAAUUUCAUGAGGUAGCUUUUCAUUCUAAUAAAAUUGCAAAAUUUUCUCAGGAGAGCCUGCAGAGGAAGUUUAUGGCACAAAACAUACGGCCACUAAAACCAAAGAUGAGUGUUUUGACAAGCAAAACGAAAGAUUUGAAUACGAAGAAUGGUUCUUUGGUACAAUCAGUAUCGCCAGAAAAGAGAAAAUUGAAAUCGGGUGGCUCUAAACAAAAAUCUUUGGAAGAAAGGAAGUUAGAUGAACGGAUCAUACUUGAUUCAGAGAUAAAGAGGAAGAAACAUGAUAAACAGGAGCAGAAUAAAAAUGUGGCAGGUGGUGCAUUUAAAUUCUGUAAUUUUUCAACUCCAAGUGAAAGAGCUUGGAUUAAAGAAAAGACAGUAUCAAAUGUUAAAUCCUCGGGCUCUAAGGAUAGCUCAUCUAAAAUUAACAGAGUUCUAUCACCAAAGGAGUAUUUAUCAAGGCAGAAGCAUAAGGAAGCAUUAAAGAAAAACUGUCUGAAAAACAGUGAUUCUCAGCAUAUGAGGCCCAGUAAACUUCCUGUGCAGGUGGAAAGUUGUGGGAAAUCAAGUGAGAGACCCCAUGGCAGUGUACAAACCUGUAAGGAAUCAUUAAAUAUUGGUUCAGGCCAUGGUAAAAGCAUCAAAAUCCAUCAUUCCAAAGAGUCUAAAACAUAUAUUUCAAGGAAUAUUAAAGGAACAGUUGGUGGAAAGCAGUCUGAUAAAAUGUGGAUUGAUAGAACCAAGCUAGACAAAAAUUUAAAUAAUAUAAAUAAUGAAGGUGAAUUAAGCCAAAUGUCUUCCCAAACAAAGGAUCAAAGGAAGCUGUAUCUGAACAGAGUUGCAUUUAAAUGCACUGAACGUGAGCGCAUUUGUCUCACAAAAUUAGACAAUUCACCCAGGAAGCUUAAAGAAAAGAGACCAGAAAGUAAAUCUAAGAACCUAUUACCUGUGAAAGAUACUACAGAAAAACUAAGCAUGCUGGAGUUUAAAUUAUGUCCAGAUGGAGUGUUUAAGAAUACAAACACUGUUGAAGACCAGAAGGAUCUGCAGCACACAUCUAGGAAGGAGCAAGCCCCUGUGCAAGUUUCAGGAAUAAAAAGUACAAAAGAAGACUGGUUAAAACGUGUGACUGAGGAGAAAAGGAUGCCGGAAGCCAACCAAGAAAUAGAUGAUAAUGUUUUGGCUAAUUCAAGGCUCUCCAAGAGAAACUGCAGUGCAGAUGGAUUUGAGAUACUACAAAACCCAGUAAAAGAUUCAAAAGCAAUGUUUCAAACCUACAAAAAGCUAUACAUGGAGAAGCGAAGCAGAAGUCUGGGUAGCAGUCCUGUAGAAUAA